AUGUCAUCUGCCACACGGACUGUCCUCCUCUAUCCCACAGGAGCUACAAAUGUUUGCUGUGCAUUGUGUAAUGCAGUUACUGCUGUUCCACCACGUGUUUACGGCUUCAAAUCCGAAGAGGAAAGCAAUGAAAAUGGUGUAGAAAUAAUCAAGGACACACUGUCUAGAGUUCUUGUGCAUUUCUACCUGCUUGCAGGGCAGCUGACGAUCAGUUCGGAUAAGAAACUUGCGGUGGAUUGCACGGCCGGAGGGGCAGUGUUUGUGGCGGCUGAAGCGGAUUGUAAACUAGAAGAUUUAGGUGAUAUUACGAAGCCUUGUAAUGGGAUGCUUUGUCGGCUUGUUUAUGAUAUUCCUGGUGCUGAAAAUAUACUGGAAAUUCCUCCCAUGGUGGCUCAAGUAACGAAGUUCAAAUGCGGAGGUUUUGUGAUAAGGAUGUGCAUGAACCAUUGUAUGCUUGAUGGAAUUGGUGCAAUGGAUUUUUUUAGUUCUUGGGGUGAAACUGCUAGGAAUUUGCCAGUUAAAGUCCUUCCAUUUCUUGACAGAACUAUUUUCAGAGCAAUAAAUCCACCCCAGAUCAGUGAUCUAGUGAAAAAUCAUCUUUCAUUUGCAGUGAAACUAGUCUAUGAUGAAGUUAAAAUGGUCACGGACUGUUACAUGAGAUCUGCUGUAGACUAUUUUGAGGUAACUCGAGCCAGGCCAUCUAAGUCUGGAACCCUACGGAUUACAACCUGGUCCAAGCUAUCUUUCCAUACUAUUAAUUUUGGUUGGGGAGACCCUGUUGUGUCAGGGUCUCUAGGCUCGCCUGACAAGGAACUUAUUGUGUUCGCAUUGCAAGGAAAAGAAAUGAAAGGUGGCAUUAAUGUGAUUGUGGGAUUGCCAGCUUCUGCCAUGAAGACCUUCCAAGAAAUCUUGCUUGCAUCAAAUGCCGGUCGAAAUAAUGGGAAGAAUAACAGCAUGAUACAAUAUUGCCUAGGUGUUUCCAUAGACGGGAUAGCUGGUGAGCUUCUUCACCAGCUUCAGAUGGCAUCAAUCGAGGAAUGUUGCUGCACAGAAGCUGCAACAGAUAGAACCAUAGUUGUUGGUGGUGAUAUUGUAGCAUAUAUUAUGUAA